GAGCCUGUCCGACUGUUAACGAACGAACACUCAGUGAAAUUAGCUUGUGAUUAUUGUUAUUAAAUCGUUAUAUCUUUUAGCACGUGUUAAGUUUUACCUGGAAAAUAGUAAAGUUACAUUAUUGGCGACGAGGCAAAUACUUAAAGAACAGCGGGAUUCCGGGUAAUUAAGAACUUUUUGCAUUUGCCAGUUUGGCAACCACGUGCUAUUGAAACAUCGUAUUUCACAACUGAGAUCGUCUAGAGUACGUUCGUCGGUGCAGAUCGACCAGCACAGAGUAUUUUUAAACAAAUUUGAGCCAGUUUGGCAGUAUUAAUUUGUUUAAGAAGUGUUUCUCUUGAAAAGAAAAUUGUUGCUGUGACGUCACGAGUUUAUGAGCACACAGGUGAACAUGUGCUAGCCGUUUUCGCAGUUUGCGGAGGCGCACAGGGGUACGUCGCAGUUUGCGCACAGGGACUUCUCGCAUUUGCAGUUUUCGGGGGCACACAGGGUGUUUUUUUUGCAGUUUGCAAACAGAUACUAUGCUGCAGUUGUAAAGACGGAGGGAGUUGAACUUGGCUGUUCGUAUACUUAUGACCAGUUUGGUUGGUAUGGUGGGCUAUUGUUGCAAUUAAUUAAGUGAACAUUGGUUAACAAUAUUAUUCAACAUAAUUUGGUUUAAAUACAUCGUUUGGACUAUUUAGGUAUUAAACUUCUGCAGUGAUCCGAACUGUAAGAUGCAAUAAAUACACAGAAGUUUUAUGCAAGGCCCGGAAUUGCCUUGAUGAUGUAUCUGAAAAACAAAUAGCUUCUGAUAUUAAAAGCGGAAUCAGUAGCGGUAGAUAUGAAGAUGAAGAGCAGCAGCCCAUUUAAAAACGAUAAGAAAAAGCAGUCAAGACACGAUGAAAGGCCCUGUAAGCCCUCAAUUUAUAGCCAGGGGGUUGAACAGCCGUUGAAGAAACAAUUCAGAAGAAAUGAGAGCAGUGACUCGGACAAUGAAUCAGCGGUGCGGGUGGAAAAGAGGCAAAAGGGAAAUCACUCCAAGACUUAUGAUCAUUUUAGGCGUCGUCGGUCACAGGAUAGGGUAUCAGAGGAAGACGACGACAGUGGCUCGGGAAAUGAAGACGACAACAGACGGUCAGUUCGUAAACAUUUCCGCUACAGUCAUGCUCCAUCUGGUGGUAGGCCAUCACAAAAGCCAAAGCACAGGAAUCACUCCAGCGACUCCAGUUCGAGAUCAGGGUCAAGACACGGUGUUUCAAGGAGGCGGCAUCGUCAUGUACAAGGUCGUCACAGGGCAAGGUCAUCACAAUCAAGGUUCUAUUACAGUUCCAGUUCAGAAUCUGAUAGUUUAUCAGAGAAUGAAUAUCACUCUAGAGUCCACGGUGAUCCAAGGAGGCAGCCAAAGAACCUACGAUAUGAUGGACGAACCAGUUGGCUAUCAUUCAAGCAAAAGUUCAACAGCUAUCGGAGAGUCUACAAAUGGUCUGAUCAUGAAUGCCGUGAUUACCUGAACUGGUGCCUCGAGGGGAAGGCUCUCGAUUACUUCACUAUCGAGACGCAUAUGGGAGAAAGUUUUUCUUUCCGUGACAUUAUGCGAAAGAUGGAAAGGCGCUUUGGUUCAAAGGAACUACCUGAGACAAGUAGAGCUAAGUUCCAGCAGGCUACACAGCAACCGGGGGAAUUGUUAGAAGAUUGGGCGGAUAGAGUGUUAACUCUGGCAAUACCUGCUUUUAGGGACCUUCCAGAUCAGUUUGGUCAAAGGGAGGCAGUUUCAAAGUUCUGUCAAGGUUGUAUUGACAGUGAAGCAGGAAAACACGCCUGUUUUGAACGACCAGGAUCUAUUCAGCAUGCUGUUGAUCUGGUACGACACCAUCAGUAUGUCACUCAAGUGGUGGAUGGCAAGAAGGCUAAGCAAUAUGAUCAAGGAAUAGCGGUCAAUGCGGUUCAGUCCCCUUGUGAUGUGAGAUUAGAAAAACUGGAAAAGGCGAUCGAGCAGCUAACUUGUAAGUUUGAAGCUAGUUUAGCAUCAAACAGUGCAAGAAAUAACGAGGAUAUGACGUUCCCACAGAGGACUUUCAGAUGUUUUCAUUGUAAUGGCAGGGGCCAUAUAAAAAAGAAUUGUAAGGUGCACCAGGAAUCCCUUAAAUCAACGUCUGAAGGUCAAGUGGCUGAAAAGAGUCCACAGAAGACUAAUCUCCAAAGGGCCGGUAGCGAAGGCCAGGCACCGCAGCCCGAUGUAGCAAGAGGCCAUUUGUUAGUGCCGGUUGAAGUGCAGCAGGAUGCUUCAUCUGCAUUGGCGGCUGAAAAGGAAGGGGGCAAAUCCGUGUCAGCAAGUGGAGUGGAGACCAUAGCAGUCAUGGUUGUGACGGCAGGGUCUUCGUAUGUGAAUAUGUUGGUAGGAGACCGUCAGGUUAGGGCUCGGGUAGAUUCUGGAGCGGAUAUAUCUAUACUUUCUUCAGCAGUCUAUGACCAGUUAGAGCGGAAACCAGGCAAGGUCAGGGAAAUCAACAUGCAGCUUGCUGAUAAGAAUUCGGUUCUCAAAGGAUUUGUGACACAGCCUUUACACGUACAGCUUGGAAAGCAGUCUUCCAGGGAAGGGGUAUGUGUAGCGCCAAUCAGUGAUGAGAUGUUGCUGGGACAUGACCUGCUGCGGCACUUCAAGGCAUUGAUUGAUCUGCACUCGGACUGCCUUUUAAUCAAUGGCGAAAGUAUACCUUUGAAUACAACAUUCAGAGAUAAACCGGUGGUAGCAAAAGUUAUCAUGUUCAAACGAACAGUGGACAUAGGUCCGGAUCCGGAUAUCCUGUCAGGAACGCCAAUUCCGAGAAAGGCUCAUAAAAAGUCAUCGACGGCAGUUUGCCCGAUGGAUGUCAGUUCUUCCAGCGGUGACAAGGUAGAAGCUACUGUUGGGGUCCAAGAGUGUCACUUCUCGGACAAGAAGGCAGGAGGUCAUACCGAGUCCUGGGCGGUUAGAUGUCUACCUUUGGUAGGGGUCGAGGGCGAUCAGUCCGAGGAUACAAGUCCUGUUCGGAGUCGCACGACCACCAGAAGAGACGGGGUCGAGGGCGACCAGUCCGAGGAUACAAGUCCUUUACGGAGUCGCACGACCACAAGAAGUGACAGUUUGUCCCAGAUCCAGAAGAGCUUGGAGAGCCAGCGCCAGGUGGAUAGGUGUACAAGAAACCACACCUGUCGUGUCCCUGGGUGUGACAGCGUGGGGGUUAAAUUUGAAAAGGUCCAUGCGCCAACAGUUUACGAUAGACAGUUGGCCGAUCCAAGCGGCCAGUUAGCUCAUGUUUUCAAUCGAAUGGAAUCGGCUAGUCAGCCUGAUUUAUAUCCGUGGGAUCCGGGGGGCGAGCCGUUCACUCAGUCGUGUCGAUUGUUGGCUGGAAGUUUUUCCCAACACCCACUUUUGUUACAACAGGAGUGAAUUCACGCUCCUUACUUCACUAGGCCCUAUCAUCGAUUUCCGGCGCCAACGGAAGAUUGGGAUGUGACUUCGAUGUUGGCGGAACCUCAGGGGGUGACAACGCAGCACAUCCUGAAGGUCACCACGAGAAACGCAGUCAACCUGUCUGGUGCGAUCUCCACAGGGCAGGUUGCCCUGUAGAUCUACCUCGGAAAUGGAUGGUCCCCGAUAUACGCCAGUUUGGCAAUCCAGGACAACAAACCACAACCAGACAAAUGACAGAAUAUUGUUUCGGGCGGUGGUACCUGGUCCGGGGAGCGGUUCCAACAAUAAAGACAGGGGGAGUGUUGUGGCUGACCUGAAGAGUUGCGUCUGAUCCAUCGGAAGCGCGUUGCGCAUGCGUAUAGAGGAGACGCCGGGAGCCUGUCCGACUGUUAACGAACGAACACUCAGUGCAAUU